AGGAGGAUCCACCGACACUGGUAGUCAUGGAUCGGGCUAAGUGGCCGGGGGACUCCAGGUGAGCCCAACUAUCCCCAUGUGAGUGAAAACGCAUUGGACUGAGAGUGCGGUACCAUAUGCUUGAGAUGUUGCACCAUCGGUGUCCCUGCUAUUUUAAAUUUUUCCCAUCCCCACUCACGACGGAAAUCUUUACUUGGGAGCGUCGAAACCGAGCUGUCUACUUUCCUCUUGGAUGAUUCCCGCAAAUCAGCAACGAGUCAACUGUAAUUCUACUCACUCGGAUUGAGCUGAGUUCGCUGUAGUCCGAUCGCUCUUCGAUUGAUUAAUCGCUCAGAAAAAAAUAAUAAUAGUUAAACAAGUAAAAAAAAAAAAGAAGAAAAUGCAGACUAAGGUCUCAAAUGCUAAUCGGCAUUCCGGAAUAGUGAUUCGAUCUCGGACUUCAACGAUGAUGUUAUCCAUGUUCGCCACCUUAGCUUCCUUUUACGUUGCCGGCAGAUUAUGGCAGGAUGCGGAAGAGAGGGUUCUCUUGACAAAGGAGCUUGAUAGAAUUACUGGGCAGGGACAUUCAGCAAUAUCAGUGGACGAUACUCUAAAAAUUAUUGCUUGCAGGGAACAAAAGAAGAAAUUGUCUGCACUGGAGAUGGAACUGGUGGCAGCUAGACAGGAGGGAUUCGUUUCCAGUCACUUGCCAGAGAAAAAUAGUAUUUCUAAUAAAAGGCCUCUAGUAGUGAUAGGAAUACUUACAGGAUUUAGUCACAAGAGCAAGAGAGAUGCUAUACGCAAGGCUUGGAUGGGAACUGGUAAAGUGUUGAAAAAGAUAGAGGAUGAGAAGGGAAUAAUUGCACGUUUUGUUAUUGGGAGGAGGUAUCAUUUCUUUUGUUUUGCCAUUUUUCAUUUCUUUUUCUUCAACUGUUCUCUCUUGGAAGUCAUUCUAGUGGUGGCUGUGAGUCUGCGAUUUGAAUUAUCUUGCAGUUCUAACCGUGGAGACAGCUUGGACAGAAGCAUUGACAAUGAAAAUAAAGAGACCAAUGAUUUUCUCAUUCUUGAAAACCAUGUUGAGGCACCUGAGGAACUGCCAAACAAGACAAAGUCAUUUUUUGCUUAUGCUGCAGAAAAUUGGGAUGCUGACUUCUUUGCAAAAAUCAAUGAUGAUGUCUAUUUGAAUAUAGAUGCAUUAGGAAAUACACUCGCUGGAUAUGUGGACAAGCCUCGUGUAUAUGUUGGCUGUAUGAAGUCAGGCGAAGUGUUUUCUGAACAGAGCCACAGGUGGUAUGAACCAGAUUGGUGGAAAUUUGGGGAUGGAAAAACGUACUUUCGCCAUGCAUCAGGUGAAAUGUUUGUUGUAUCCAAGGCUUUGGCUAAGUUUAUCUCAGUAAAUAGAUCCAUUCUUAGAGCCUAUGCUCACGAUGAUGUUACUGUUGGUUCUUGGUUUAUUGGUGCUGAUGUCAAAUAUGUAGAUGAGAGGAAGUUUUGCUGCUCAUCUUGGUCAACAGGAGCCAUAUGCUCGGGAGUAUGAUGUGGAUGUUAAGGAAAAACAAAAAGAAAAGAAUAAUAAUGAAAUGGUCUGACAUACUUGAUGGAUUUUGAAGCAGCCAGUUAGCUACCUGCAUAGAAGGUCGGAACUGGAAUAUAGUUCUUGUGGUUCAUCAUGGUAGAGGGUCUUGUAGAAGAAAGGAAACUGUCUUCGAUACCGACGUCUUCAUGCAACAUUACCGUAGCUAGGCAUAGAAUAUUAGGAUCGUGCAAGUUGAAGAGUGUUGGUAUUCUGCUGGGCAGUGCCAGUAGCUGAAUGCAGAUAAAGAAAAGGUUAAUUGGAAAAUGAUUAAGCAGUGAGAUGAAGGUGGGAAGUAUGAUGCCUUUUUUCCGAUCAUCGUGCAUUAGGGGUAGGGGGUGAGCAAAUACGGUUCGUACCGAAUUCAAAUUCAAUUCGGUAAUUUGAAAUCGAAUAUUUUUAAUUUGGUAAUUUGAAAUCAGGUAUUUGGUAAUUUGGUACAAA